AUGAACUUUACUGCUGAGGGCUGUUUUUGUCCUGAUGGAAUGAAACUUUUCAGCAGACAGUCCAACAUAUGUGUGAAAACAUGUGGAUGUCUUGAUCCUGAGGGUAAUUCUCGUGAGUUCAAUGAAAGAUUUGAGCUCAAAUGCCAGAAGUGCACCUGAGAAGAAUCCACAAAGACUGUGACUUGCAAACCUAAGGAGUGCCCAAAACCAAACAUAACAGAAUGCGCUGAUGAUGGAUUUGUCCUCAUCAACCAAACUGAUCCAUCAGAUCCCUGCUGUUCUACCCCUGUUUGCCAGUGUAAACCUGGCGGUUGCCCAGACAUAGAUGUGACCUGUUCAAUUGGAAAAAAGCCAGUUGUCAGUAUUCCUAAGGGAAAAUGCUGUCCAGAACUUAGAUGCGAACCUAAAAAGGUUUGUGUUCGCAAUGAGACUGAAUACCAGCCUGGUUCUUCAGUUCCUGGGUCUGUAUGUAAGGAGUGUACCUGUGAGGCUGAACAAAAUUCUACUGUAAUAAGCUGUAAGGAUCAGGAAUGUAACGAAACUUGUGACACGGGAUAUAAAUAUGUAAAAACUGAUUCAGAUGAGUGCUGCGGGAAGUGUGUGCAGACACACUGUGUUGUCAAUAUUAACGGAGCCAAGCAACUCUUGUCUCAAGGAGAAACCUGGUCACCAACUGAGAAUAGGUGUAAUAAUUAUACCUGUGUUAAGAAUGGUGAGAUUUUAACAACAAGCACUUCACACACAGUCUGCCCAGUAUUCAAUGAGAGCAGCUGUCAACCUGGGACAAUUCAAACUGCAGCAAACGGCUGUUGUAAAAUUUGUGCGGAGAAGGAGAAGGCAUGCAAGUUCAUGUCCAUGAAAACCAAUAUUACACACAACAACUGUACGUCUGCCCAGGAGGUAGAUAUGCCAUAUUGUGAAGGAUCCUGCAACACUUAUACCAUGUACUCUAAAGAAGCAGCAGUUAUGCAGCAUUCUUGCUCCUGCUGUAAGGAGACAUGCUUCAGCAAUCGCACUCUAGACCUGGUCUGCCCAAAUGGAGACACGGUCCCCUACACAUACAUGUAUGUGGAGGAGUGUGGUUGUACCAACACAGAAUGCACCGCAGCUGCUGGACAACAUAUUCGCAGGAAGCGAAGCUUUACACUGCUGUGA